AUGCGUCACGUCAUGUGGUUGUGCAAGGUAGUACCUGCCGUGUGUGUCGCGGCUCCUGAGGUAUCCGACGCACAUCCGCACCAGGAACCGGUCGUACAGCGCCUGCAGCUCCGCCUGCGUCUGCCCUGGCACCUCGUUCGACGCCCCGAUCAUGGAAAUCAGCGGAACGGUGAUGACGUUGGUGCCGUUGUGGAAGAGGCGCUCGUUGAUGAUGGUGAGGAGGGAGUUGAGGACCGCGCUGUUGGCCUGCAGGUGUCAUUGGGGACGGGGCGGCGGGGGGGCAUGAGGCGGGCUUCGCUCAGGAGCACGUGGGCUGCAACAGAAUCCAGCCCACGAACAUCGUCAUCAAUCCUCGCCUUGAAUAUCUCGUCCACGAACGCGAUCUGGGCGGUCGGGAGGUAG